UGAUAUUUGCCCAGGCUCAAAAUAUCUCCCACUCCAGAUUUGAAAGUAGUGGAAAAGUUAGACAAUUCUCUCUUGGGAAGAGACUGAUUGUAGCUUAUUCAGAAGUCCACAUUAUUUCAGAUCUCUAAGAUAUAUAUUUUCUCUCCAUUACAUAAUGAAGAUCCAGUGGUCCUAGAAUGCCACCAAAGGCAGAUGGUACGUGAACAGUACACUACAACAACACCAGGCACUAGCCUAGAGAGGCCGAAGAAUGAGUAUGUCUACAAAAUCGGAAUUUAUGGCUGGAGAAAGCGUUGCCUCUACCUGUUUGUUCUCCUCCUGCUUAUCAUCCUAGUUGUGAAUUUUUCUUUGACAAUUUGGAUUCUUAAAGUGAUGUGGUUUUCCCCAACUGGAAUGGGACACCUGCGUGUUACAAAAGAGGGUCUUCGUCUGGAAGGGGAAUCUGAAUUCUUAUUCCCUCUUUAUGCCAAAGAAAUCCACUCUCGAGUGGACUCAUCACUGCUUCUCCAGUCUACUCACAACGUGACUGUUAAUGCUCGCAAUUCAAAUGGGGAAGUCACAGGCAGAUUAAAUGUCGGUCCUAAAAUGGUAGAAUUCCACGGUCAGCAAUUUCAGAUCAACUCAAAGGACGGCAAACCACUUUUUACAGUGGAUGAAAAUGAGGUUGUAAUUGGUACAGAUAAACUUCGAGUCACAGGGCCUGAAGGAGCACUUUUUGAACAUUCUGUAGAAACACCACUUGUGAAAGCAGAAGCCUUUAAACAGCUUAGAUUUCCUGCUCCUGCUUUCAGGCUGGAAUCACCAACUCGAUCUUUGAGCAUGGAUGCACCACGAGGAAUUAAUAUCAAAGCGCAAGCUGGGAAUAUUGAAGCUCUUUCCCAGAUGGAUAUCAAACUUCACAGCAGCGAUGGUGUGCUUUUGCUGGAUGCUGAAACUGUGCGACUGCCCAAAUUGCCUGAGGGUACAAGGGGUGGAUCCAGUAUUUCUCAGGGGCUCUACGAAAUCUGUGUUUGUCCAGAUGGAAAGCUCUAUUUGUCAGUGGCCGGUGUGGGCUCCACUUGCCAUGAAUACAGCCGUGUCUGCCAGUGAGGCGCCAGAAAAAAAACCUUGCUAGUUUGAUUUUUAUAUUACUGCUGAAGAGCAUUACCGAAACCAGAAUUUUAAGAGUUUUAAAAACAAAGUACUUCAGUUAGGAAACAAAUCUGUAUCUACAAUUCUGGACUACAGGGUGAAAAGGGAAGAAGAGCACAAAUGACAUUUCAGCUUCAAAAGAAUGACUUGAAUCAAAUUACAUGUUCUAUCAGUAACACUUUUAAAACAGCCUUACAGAGAACAUAAAAUAAAGGAAUAUGUUUCCUUGCUGAAUUAUUACUCAGUCAGACGAUUAUGUCACUGUUAAUAUUUUUGAGCUGUGUUUUUUUUCUCUCACUACAUGUAACACUGCAUUAGUGGGUGAAAUUAAAUUGAGGGAAUAAUGCUAAGACAAAGCAUUAGUUGGGGAAUUCGAAAAGUGCCAGCAAAUGGUCUAUGCAAUUUUGUUCUUGCAAUAACACAAGAUUUGAAAAAUGUGGUAUUUGUAUAAGUUCUGUGUAAAAGGUUAAUUUGCAAAUAGCUUUCUGUUUUAAUUUGUCGGCAUAUACGCUGAUUUGCUUAUUACUGAGAUUCAAAUGAGAUAUAAAAAUAACCAAUACAAAAAGCUUCAGGAGUUAUUUGUGCCACCUACAUCUCAAAUCUGUUCACUACACAACAGAGAAAUAUGUCAGUAUAUUUUAUAAUAGCAGUAGUUUGUUUUAUUGCCUGUACUGUCAUACUCAUUUAAACCCCAUCCUAAUUCAACAAGGCAAUGUGCUUUGCCAGAUGGACUAGUGAGAAGUAAAAAACCCUAUAUGGCUCCAGAUUGUCUGACACUAGGAACUGUUUGGGCGGUGGGGAACAAAAUCCUUUUCUGCAGCCCACAGGAUCCAAUUAAGAGGACUAUUUAAUUUCCAUCUGCAGCUGUUGACUGAUACUUCUGAUCCUGUCAGAGCGUGACUCUAUCGCAAAUGGAGAGAGUAAAACUAAUCUGUAUUAUUUUUUACAUUUGGAUACAAAAUAAAUGCUCACCAGAGCUGACAAACCAUUUAUUGACCUUGUAGCGAAACACAACUGCAGACCUAUUCCCAUGUACAGUGUUGCACUAAACACAAAUAAAUUGUUUGCACACCUCUGGAUAGCAAGAUUUGCACUGAA